AUGGCUUUGCGCACCGUGGUGGGGGACAUCACGCAGACUCAGAACCUCGUUUGCGGGUGCUUGACCAUUGCCGGCAAGACCGCCUUGCAUGGCCUGGCAGAAGCCGCUGACAAGGCACUGCAGGUUUUGUUGGCUUCGCCGCCAACAGAUGCCGGGGAGGAACAGGAGUUCCAGUUGGAGUUGGCGCAGGUGAGGAGGCAGUUUCAGGUGCGCGAUGUGCCUCCGAACAUCUUCCAGACCAAGGUGGAUGAUUGGUACGAGAACGCCAGGCGCAAGGAAUGUGAGCACCUAUACCAUGCGUGCGCCUACCCCGGCUGCAGCAUGGACAACUGGAUUCUCAGGGUCGACUUCGAGGAUCAGUACCGAUCCCGGGGCCUGUACAGCUGGACCUGCAAAGCCGGGCACAGGAAUUCCGUAUUGCCAAGCCAAGAAGAGAUCAACGAGGUGAACAGGAACAUCCUAUCGCACCCGGAGUACUAUACCAACCGUUGCGGAUACGAUUCCUUGUCACUGCGGCGCUUUCGCCUGUGCCCGGAGUGUGUGCAAGAAGGCCUCAUGACCUUCGCGGUGCACGAGGACGGAUGCAAGCAAUGGCCUGGAAUCUCCUAUGCGCACCGGCACUGCUUCUGCUGGCACUGCACCAGAAAGUGGGGAGAAGAAUGCACGCAUCGGGUGGUGUGUGAAGAUCCCGGCUUGCAGCAGGUGCGGCGCACCAUCGACGGUGCGGGGGGGGAGAUGCUGGAGAUGGGCUUCGUGCCGGCGCUGGCCUAUAUCGAGUGGAUCCAAACUGGAAUGUCCGAUGCUGAGAGGGACUGCCCAGACACGGUCUUCCCCUCCGGGCGAGUGUUCGGCUGGACCCGGCAAGGAAGGCUGAGAAUGGAGGAUAGGGACGAGCUCAAGCGCUGGAUGGACGAAGGGACCACCUGA